AUGGCAUCCCAUCCAGUUGACCGAUAUGGCCCCAAGCUUGUUGAGAAGGCCGACAAGUUACAAAACCGGAUGAGCCUGGGACCCGACCCCUCUAAACCCGCCGGAGGUUACGAUGCGACUCCGCUUCCACAGGCCCCGUCAGGAUACACUGUCAAGUUCACCUUUCACCGCGGCGAUGACCUACCCGUUGCGGACUUUGGAAGCUUCUCCUCAGACCCAUAUGUCUAUGCGCAGCUCCUGGUUGACCUUCCUCGGCGCCAUAAGCAGGACCCUCUGGUGAGCUUUCGCACUCCCACUGUGCGCAAGGACAAGAAUCCCGUGUGGAACAGCGAAUGGGUUGUUGCAAACGUGCCGGCGUCAGGCUUUACGCUCAAGGCAUACGUGUACGACGAAGACCCUGCCGACCACGACGAUAAGCUGGGAAUCACAUUUAUCGAGGUUCCUCGUUUGUCAGAGGAUUGGCUGGGCUUUAAGGAGAAGUCGUUCAAGAUUAAGAAGCGUUUUGGUAGUAAGCGCGUCUAUGUAUUCACCAACGUCUCCGCAUUCGCCACGGGUCAUCAUAAGGAGUCUUUCUUGAUCAUGAGCAUCGAGGUCCUAGGCAAGACAGCCGGGGAUAACGGCGGCCAGAUGUACACCGUCGGUCCGCUCCAUUGGUUUAAACACUUCUCGCCUGUCAUCGGGCGUCUGACGGGAACGAAAGACCAAGUCCAAAGUGAGGAUGGGAGCGGCAAGGCUCUUAGCCGAUACAACUUCCAAGCCAUUCAAAUUCAGCUCAUGGGGCCCGUUCCCUCUGAGCUCUAUCACCGCUAUGUCGAGUUCAAGCCAUUUGUGGCAGGCAUGUUCCAAGCGCAGAGUAUCAAGGGUCGGAUCCUGCACAAAGCGCUACACCACCAACACCAGCGGAUCUAUAAUUUCGAUCGUAGUACUCUCAAUGGGACUUUCCCGCAUCCUUGCCGUGAAUUUUCCAAGAAGUUCCUCGAGUUUGCCCACUAUGGGCAGGGCGGCCGGAUUUUCACCUACGUGCUCACGUUGGAUGGCCGGCUUCGUUUUACGGAAACGGGCAAAGAGUUUGGAAUUGACUUGCUGAGCAAACACACGAUGCAUAGUGAUGUAUCAAUCUAUAUUGCUUAUUCAGGUGAAUUCUUCUUGCGCCAACGCAAGCAUCGUCGCUCGCGCCGUUCUCCCUCAUCGCGACCAUCGUCCAACGCUGAAAAUGCCGAAAAUGAAAUUCCCGUGGAAGAAGGGGACGAACCUGAAGAAGAAAUCCAGGAGGUUUCACCAGAACCCUCUGAUUACGAGCUAUUCAUCGACAACGACAGCGGGACCUACCGCCCCAAUGCCGAGAAAUUGCCACUUUUGAGAGAGUUCCUCGCCCUGAACUUCCCAGGUCUUCAUGUCACUACGUUGGACUGCCAGGCGGAUGCUGAGCGAAUGGGUCAGAUGAAGGAUGAGCAACGGGGCCUCAAGAAGGAGCAGGGGCACCUCGUCACGUACCUUCAGCAGAGCAGCGCUUCCUCCCUAUCAAUCUCUAGCUCGGACGAGGAAGAACUUAAUGAGCGUGGCGGCGAGGCCAAGAAACGAGGAGAAAUGGCCCAAAGGAUUCACGAGAUGCGCGAUCUGAAAGGCCAAAUGAUGAAGUGGGUGGAAGCUGAUGGACAUCCUGAUCGCUCAAAGCACCGCUAUGUCUCCGGACGUGAACGGGCGAUCUCGACGGGCCAAAUUUCCGAUGUCCCCACUCCCCCAGCUGCUGGCCCAGCGGCUUAG